UGGGUGCAUGGAGCUUAGUUAGUAGUGUGAGAUUAAAGCACCUUUUUUAGUGUUAUUGUUGAAACAUUACAAGAACGUAAUAGAGAUGUUUUUCUCCUUGAUCCUGGGAACUGCUGGAUGGACACCUUUUGACUCACCAUUUGAGAGCUUUCUUCAAGGGCUUGUAGGUGCAUGUGGAAUAUCAGUGCUGUGCAAUCUGCUGAGAGUUUACAAUUUUAUUCAAACAUGCAAUGAUUCUGACACUGGAAAAGGAAGUAAACGGAGUUCAUCCUCACUGGGCACUCCUCUGAGAGGGAGCUGGGGAUCAGCUCUCCAGUUCUGGCUUCUGACUGUCUUCCUCUCGCUGAUGGGCUCAAGGGUUUUCUCUCUGAUAGUGCUGGAGUUUUCCCUCAGGGCUGUUUCUACCUGGGCAUCAGCUGGACUGGAUGCCAGUGGCAGAGGUCUAGAUAUGAUCCUAAUCCAGAGCCAGUUCACCCUGGGUUGCAGCCUCACCAGUGCUAUGGUCUUCUUCCAACAGGGGGCUCCACAUAGCUCCCUCAGCUUAUUUCUGGCAGCUGCUCUCAGCUGGAAACUGGCAAGCUUGAGCUACAGUCUGUGGAACCAUGUGGCCAGAUUGUACCCGCUGCAUAGCACCAAACAUUACUGUGGGAAGUGCAUCACCCUCCUGACCUCCGGAUACACCAUACUGGCUUCACUGCAAAGAGCGGUUGUCUUGGCUUUUGCUGUAGCGUGUGCUGCUUCCACCACUACUUUUUAUGACCACUUUCUGUUCCAGAAAGAUACUAUGAAGUUCUGGACUCUGCUGACACUCUGUUACAUUAUGUUGUUGGUGUAUAUUCAAGGUGAUGAGGAUGAGCAUCGACAGAAAGGCACAGCGGCCCUCUUGCACUCUGUAGUGAUGCGACUGGGAGCCUUGCUGGUGCUCAUGCUGGCAAUGGGUGAUUGGUCUGAUGUGCUUCACAUCCUCAUCGCGUUUCUUGGAGAAGCAGUCUGUCUGUUACCUUCUCGGGAUCUACUGCAGGCUGUGCUAAAUGAAGAGGAAGAAACCGGCUCGAGCAGAUAUGAAGAGAGCUCCAGUUGCAAAAGAAGCGCAAUUAAAACAUCAUCACGUGACAGAUAAUGGUGCACCAAAACUCCACCACAAUGAUUAUCAAUGACUUCCUCAAGAUCUGCUGAUACUCUGUAUUACCAACAGUAAAAUAAUAUCGUGGCCGUGCUUAAAGGCAUUAAUUGUGUUCUGGUUGUUUUGACUCGUGUUGAACAGAAAGAAUUAAAAAAAGGAAUAUUAUGUAUUCAGGAUGAUGGUCUUCAAUAUUAAAGGUUUUCAGUGAGUGCUAGCUAGAAUGACCUUUGUCAUUGUCAAGACUUUGAAGUACAAUUUAAAAACUACAUAGAAUAUUGUGCAAAAGUAUUGAGCCACCCUUUAUUUAUUUAACUAAUAACUAAUUUGACUAAUAGUUUUUUGGGAAUCACCUUGUUGGUGCAAAAAUUCUAUUUUAUGCCUAUCAAGCUGUGUUAUCUUUGACAUUUUUCAUAGGUUUAGCUAAAGAAAUGGGAACCAAUGAUGUGUUACUGUGACAACAAAAUGUGUAAAGAAAAUUGGUUCAUUGUUAAGUUUCUGUUAUGUGUAGACACAACACUUAGAUGCCUUUUUGUACUUAAAUAAUUCAUAGGUCAGCGUUAAACAGCUUAACAAAUAAAAAACAUUCCUCUGAAAAUGGUCAGGUGCAAAGACCGGACUGAAAAUGAGUGAAAAAGUAGCCAACAACCAAUGAAAGAUGGAGAGCUGUUGCUCAAUACAAGGAAGUCUGCUCCUUGGAUGCAAAACAUAAAGAAAUUAGGGGUGGCUCAAGACUUUUGUUCGGUACUGUAUUUAGAUAGCAUAGAGUUAGGGUCAGACCCAGUGACCCUCAGAGGACUAAAGGAGCACUGCACACCUGAAGGUCAGAUCAGGGUUCUCUUAAUCUGGACGGAUUUUGUAAAAUCUGGAUGCAAAACAUGAUAUAACAACAACAACACUUAAACAGGCAUCUUACAUUACAAGCUAGAGUGUGUUUUAGGAGAGAGAGAAGAAGACACAUAGUAGGUGGUGACAGAAUUUUUUUUUAUCCAAUUGGAUUAGGGUAAUGAACUGUAGGAAUCAGCACUUUUGAAGCUUUACCCUACUGGACAAAUGGCCAGAUUAUCCUGUCGUC